AUGUAUCGUUUUAUCGAUGCAAAAGUAUCAUCCAAAGCGAGUUUUCACUCGUACCUAACGGACGAUACUUCUAGCGAGCCCCCGCCAUCGCCGGCAUCUGGACCAGUACCACGCACAGUUGCCGAGAACGAGCAUCUCGAAGAUGCGCCCCGCGACGUUCACCUACCCGGUUUUCUGCGCACCCCAUCUGCACCCCGUCCUCUCAACGAUGCUCUGAAAGACCACGUUGCUUCUUUCUAUCCUGUCCUGGCCGAUAUUCUUGCCCGUCGGCCUCGAGACGCUGCGUCUACUCCCGAUCACGACUACCUAUGGGUCUGCCCAGAUUGUGGUUAUUUCUUCACGCCCCUCUAUUUGGGUGCUGAUGAGCACUCCUAUCUACUAUCAAUCGCUCCUCACCUUGAGAUUCUAAGCGAUGACCACGGUCCUAGGAUCGACCAAUCCGAUUACACCCGCUGGCUGAACUAUUCGGACCACUUUGUUUAUUAUCAUAUCGCCGAAGCACACCUACGCGCCAUUGGCAUGUUUAUAAGUUAUCCCAAUCCCGAGGCCGACUAUCCUGCUCCAGCCACCUGGCACUUUGUACACGACCAGCCUAUGGGCGCCCGUUCUGCGCUGGCUGGAGGGAUUGGGACCGACGUAGAGCGGGAGCUGGACCAGAUUAGACGUGACCUUGCUCGGCACGAAGCCGGAGCUCGCGCACGGCUACGUGCGGAACUUGUCGCUAAGGGAAACAAGGCAGUCAAGCGCGCUCUGCACAGUGUCUCGGUUCGGUUGACGCGCUGGCAGCGUGAGAGGCGCACUGAACGUCGCGUGUUUGUGCAAGAGCUCUUUUCUGCCGGGCGAUCGCUCAUCGAUGUCGGACGCGCUCUUGUAAGGCGCAUUCACUGUGAGGAUACAGACGGGGAGAUGGUUGGUUGGAUGGAUGAGUAUUAUUCGAUUCGACGGGCAUAUCCUGAGUUCAUUGAAUAA